AUCUUCAGGGUGGAGUUUUGGAUAAGUGGUCGGAAUCUCAAGCGCUGUGAAACAAGCUGUCAGAAAUAUUGUAACCUUCAGAGCAGCAACACCUGGAACGCAAGGGGAGAAAUAAGUUUUUGGUGCACGAUUUAUACGGCUAUAAACCGGAAUAAUGGAUACAAUACUAUCCAACGGACACAAGAAGAACAACAUGGUUGAUAGUGGCUAUUUCAAAAAGGGCUGUAACCCCUUUGCACAGACGGGACGAAGCAAGCUGCAGAACGAGCGUGCCUCUCUGAACCAGCAGAUCAUUAAGGAGAUGCGAAUGAGGGCCGGUGCUGAAAACCUUCUGAGGGCAACCACAAACAACAAGGUCCGGGAGAUGGUGGUGCUGGAACUGAGCUAUGUCAACUCCAACCUGCAGCUUUUAAUGGAGCAUCUGGAAGGCCUCAACAGCUCAGUGGAAGUCUAUCAGAACGUAGAAGAGACUUCCAGCCUUCCUCUAAUUCCUAUGGGUCUAAAAGAGACAAAAGCAGCAGAUUUUGCAGUUCCUUUUAAGGACUUUAUAUUGGAGCACUACAGUGAAGACAGCUCAAAUUAUGAAGAUACAAUUGCAGAUCUUAUGGAUCUACGACAGGCCUGUCGAACUCCAAGCCGAAGCGACGCUGGCAUCGAUCUGCUGAGCAGCUAUUUCAGUCAGCUCAGUUUUGUGGAAAACAGAUUCUUCCCACCCAGCAGGCAGAUGGGGAUUUUCUUCACAUGGUAUGACUCCUUCACAGGAGUGCCAGUAUGUCAGCAGAACAUCGCUUUGGAGAAAGCAAGCAUACUCUUCAACACUGGAGCUCUCUACACACAAAUAGCUACGCGCUGCAAUCGGCAAAACCAGUCCGGACUGGAGAGCGCCAUUGAUGCCUUUCAGAAAGCUGCAGGCACACUGAAUCACCUGAAGGAGACCUUCACGCACACCCCCAGCUAUGACAUGAGCCCUGCCAUGCUGAACAUGCUCACCAGGAUGAUGCUGGCACAGGCACAGGAGUGUGUGUUCGAUAAGAUCGCACUACCUGGCAUCAAGAACGAGUACUUCUGUCUCUGCAGAAUGGCACAGGAAGCAGCCAAGGUGUGUGAUGUGUAUAGUGUGGUAUACCAGUCGAUGAUCCAGACUCCAGUUAAGGACCACGUCCCCUUCUUCUGGUCAGCCAUGGCACAGGUGAAGAUGAACCACUACAGAGCUCUGGCACAUUACUUUGUGGCCACUGCACUGCUGGAUCAUGAGUUGUGUCCCAAUGACGAUGAGGACAAGCAGGAAAAAGCCUUGUCCCAGCUCUAUGACAGCAUGCCUGAUGGGAUGUCACCACUGAAAAUACUCAAGAGCAAGGAUGACCGCAAACACUUAGGCAAGGCACACUUACGGAAAGCCAUCCUGGACCACGAAGAGGCUUUGAGGAUACACAACUUGUGUAGACAAGUGAAAAAGCUAGAUGUCCUGCAGGAGAUUCUGCAGGCCGGGCAUAAGCGAUCAUUAAACAAGUAUUCUGAAUUUGAUUCGGAGAAUGACUUUGUAGAUUUCAUUGAAGCACCUCAAAUCAUUGCCAAAACAGAGCAAAAAGCUGAAAUGACAGUACCUUCCACAUCAAAGGUGAAACUCACAGACUUUUUCCAAAAGCUGGGCCCCCUGGCACUGUUCUCAGCUAAGCAGAGGUGGACAGCCCCUCGAGGGGUGCACAUCACCCCGCAGGAGGGGGAUCUCGGCUUCACACUGAAGGGAGAUGCGCCAGUACAGAUCCAGUCCCUGGACCCGCUGAGUCCUGCUGCUAUAGAAGGAGUGAAGGAAGGAGACUACAUUGUUUCAAUCCAGGAUACAGACUGCAAGUGGCUGGGGGUAAGCGAAGUCAUGAAGAUGUUAAAGAACGUUGGAGAUGAAGGCGUGGAUAUUCAAGUCAUCAGCCUCAUGGAAAACACAGUCUCCUCUAUGCCUAACAAGAGCGCCACCUACUGUGGAGGACUACCAAAGACCUACUCCAUGAUCUGCCUCGCCAUGGACGAUGACAAGAUUGGCAAAACGCGGAAAGUCACCAAGAAGCUGUCCUUCCUGAGCUGGGGCAACAAGAACAAGCAGAAGACCGCCAGCACUAUCAGCCCGUCCUCAGCUGUCACGAGAACCUUGCCCUCCAAAAACAGACUGUCCACAGCCUUCAGCAACACGGACAGCUCUCUGUAUUAGAGGCUUGCAGAAUUUCAGAGACUGAUUUGGGAGAAUAACUGAUGCUGCAUUGUAUUUGAACUAUAUUGAAUAAUAUAAUAUUCCUUUUUUCAUGUUAAGAUUUUUUUAGUUUUGUUUUAAAAGUGCUGCUUGUUAGUUUAUAAUGAAUCUUCUUGUAUUACAAAUGGUAAACUGGAAAAAGAAGGGCCGUGUUUAAAUUGUGCAGUUUACUUCAGAAUAAAUCGUCCCUCUUUAGUUUAGAAUAGAAGUGAAUCAAAAAUAUAAGGGAAUGUAAAAAUAAGAAGUUUAACAAGUCUUGGUAAAAGACCCAACUACUCCUCCACACUUAUCCUGCUGCUGAUUUUGAAGGACUUGUGUGUAUUGUGUAGCUUUGUAUUUGCUUGUUAGACACAAUUGAAUUGUAUUACAUCUGUUGUUAGUCAAUAGUAGCCUCAGUAACAAUAUCAGAGAAAUGGUCAAACAGGUUUAGAAUAUGCACAGAAUGGUAAAGGGUUAGGGGCCCAAUUAACAAUACUAUUAACCCAGACUUUCUUUAAAAGUGCCAAAUGUUAAAAAAAAUAAAUUUCACAAGCACAUUUUCAGAGGAACAAAAGAUUUUUCAAUAAUCAAAAUAGUCUAACAGAACAAUGGCUCCAUCCUGUAAUCAAAUCGCUAUUCACACGAACUAAAUAUUGUGAGACAAGCAUGUGCUGAGAAUAUGAUGCAUUAUUGUGGUUGUGAAUAAGGCACAAGUUGUUUCCUGUGUUUUUAAACCGUUGUUUAAUCUCUCUCUGAAAAGGCCACCAUUUAGAGCUAUUUUUGGUUGAACAACCAAUACUGAUUAGGAAAAUUAGCAGUGCAAUAGUACCUUCCAAAAAUGCUAUUAUUCAUAAACAGAGUUUUGUAAUAUGGCCCAAAUUGCUUUAGAUAAUCAAAUGCUCACUUUUUUUUUUUUUAACACUGCGCAAUGUGUUAGAGUCUUAUGCUGUCUACAGGGUAGAUUCCAAUUUACACUGUGUUUGAUACUCAAAUACAUCAAUACAUAUAAAAUUGUACUAAAAAAAACAAAACAAAAAAAAGUAUAUAUAUAUAUAAAUGUGUUAAUAAAAUGUCGCUGUAUAUUUGUAAUAUGUGGUUCUCUGUGGUAUACGGUACAUAUGAUGAAUACAUACCACUUUCUGUUCACUACAGUAUUUAAGAAGGAAGUUCGAAGUGCAUGUUCUAGAAUUGGUUGCCAUAUUUUGAGUUCCUGCUCUAGAAGGAUAUUUUGUUUUAAAAGGUUGUCAUGGUAACUGUUACCAUUUUGUAUUAUUUUUAUUUUUUUUGCUAAUUAAGAGUCCUUGCUUCACAAAGCGCUUUAACUCUUGAAUAAUUUAAAGGAUGGUUUUAUUAAAGUAGUUUACAUUUCAUGAAACUUUUAUACACUGUUGUAUGCUUCUUGAACAACAAUUUUAUUCAUGGUAUAACUAGUGAGUUAAAGCUUUUCAAAUAGGGACUUUUCUGUUGUGAGUUAUGUAUGGGUGUUUUGUAAUUAGGACUAGUUUUAAAAGGACAAUAGGAAGUAAUGUUAAAGGAAGCAUUUUAUCAGGUCAAAAAUGGUUUGACUUUUGGAGUAAUAAUAAUCCUUUUGAUGCCCUUUUUCUCGGCUAGCUAAUGUGAUUUGAAAACCAGAGCCAAACAUAUGAACACAUGUCAUAAUAAUGAUGGGGUUAAUUGAUAGGAAAAAAUCAUAUCAAAAUGUACACAAUAUAGACAUGUAGGAACACUGCACCUAGAAUAUUUGUGUUUGUUUAUAUACGUAGACUUGCCUCUUUGAAAAAGUGCCAACAGCUUACAAGGGAUGGUUGUCAUAAUCUAAUCUUCCCAUAUUUACUAUAAAAAAAACGUAUGUAUUAAUGGAAAAUGCUGAUAUAGUAUAUAAAGGAUAUAUACAUUAUAAUGUGUAUCUCUGCUAUACAAAGACUCUACAGACUAAUGCAAACGUUACAUAUCUAUUUAUAUAUUCUUCACCUGUGCCCUGGAGGAUUUUGCUUGUUAAUUAAACUGUGUUGAUCCAUGGGGGUCGCUUUUGCUGGUACCUGUAUGAUUUUCUGUAUUAAUGAAAAGAAAUGUUACUUUUUUUCAGGUGUUAAAUGCUUUUAUGAAGAUUUUCAUUUAUUAAAAAAAUCUAAAAUGUGA